AGCUACUGCAAACACCGGUCGCAUGUCGCCAUUUAUGUAUCCCUAAGUGCAUCGAUACUCUCGUUACAAUCUAGGGCCGGAGACGAACAGAACAGAGAGGCGCAGUCCUUGCAAUGGCUGCACCACAAUCUUUACCCACCAGGUUUCCUUGCUGGUGCAAGGCCAUAUACUCAUGGGGCGGCGAGACCAAGCGAGAUCUGGGUUUCAUGGAGGGCGACUUGAUCGAGUGUCUUAACGCCGGCGAUGGAUCAUGGUGGAUGGGCAGGCUUCGCAGAGACAGGAGGAUGGUUGGUCUAUUUCCGAGCAACUUCGUUGAAGUCAUGCCCGAAGGAUGGUCACCAGUACCCAGCGGAAGCUCGCCCAUGCCAUCGAGACAAAAUUCUGCAAACAACGGCAAUGGCACACCUCAACAGACUCCCCAGAAACAAAAGAGCACUUUUCGGAAGCCGUUUCAGGCAUACUACAAAGCGAGCAGUCCGAAUCCCGAAGCAGCUAAGAGAGAACUUGAACGAGCAGGCAGUCGGUUAGAAUCAAAUAGCCCAGCUGGCAGUCUGCGGAAGACACAUCGCCCUUAUAGCUCGAUGAAGCGUCCGAGCAAUGAAAGUUCAAACAGCGGAAGCCCUAGCCCAGGCACUCCUAUUCAGCAGAGGAACAACAGCUUCCGAGCCAUCAGUCCCUCACCAAGACAACAUCCUCAGAAUCAUUACUCACACUCUCGAGUAGUUUCUCCUUCUCUAAAUGCAAGCCAUCCAACAUCGUCAUCGCACUACCAUCCACAAUAUCGUGCCACGUCUCCUGCGCCUGUCCAUCAAUAUCAUUCUCAUUCUCGCGCAGUUUCACCAAAUCCAUACCAACAUCACACACGAGAAACUUCUUUGAAUAUUUAUCAAGAAUAUGACAGUCAUCGAGCAACUUCACCAAACCCAGAAUGGGACCAGCAACAUGCCCCUCCUCCACCACCUCCAACCCACCGUUAUAUCAAUAGUCGUGCGCCUUCCCCACAACAUUACACAAAUGGAUACCACACGCCGGAUCCAACAUCUCCAGCUGUCGGUCACACACCGUCUCCAAUCGCGAACGCUAUGAAUGACGUGAUGGACUGCCUUGGAGACAUGACAAUAGCACGAGAUCCAUCCCCGGAACCUCCAAGAGAAGCAACAAGCAUCUGGUCUCCGGAGGCUUUUGACGAGCUGUAUGCUAAUAACGGACGGAAACAGCAAAGACCACAUACAUCAAUCGAGCAUCGAACGAAUAAUGGCUACGAGGGCCAGAACGGAGAGAUGCUGAAACAUUCAGAUAGUUUCAGGUCAAAUACUUCAAAUGAGCCAUCAAAUGUGGGAGAUUAUGUGCAGCGUAUGGAACAACGUUUGCGUCUGUUGCAUGAGCAAGAUGGAACACAACCGGGUCAUACAUACAUGAACCAUGAAACUGACGAUGCCAGCCCACCGGAACCACCACCGAAAAGCCCAGGUUAUGACAGUCGGCCAAAGUCUUCUCUUAGCAUACGGAGUGGUAAAGGAUCUAGACGUGGCCUUCGGCAUGUAAAAAGUGGUUAUGAGAUCGGCAAGCAAGCAAUGAACCGUACUUUUACUCUAAAAUCAACAAGCACGACUGUAACAAACAGCAGCUCCAGCACCAAUCACACAUUAAUGAGCGGCACCUCCGCAGGCGGCUUUAGUGCUACUAGUGCUGGUAGCUACUAUAGACGGAAAUGGUCGCGAUCAGGGGACAAGCGACCAACUAGUGUAUUAGACGUACGUUCCGGCGCAAGCAGCGCUUUUGUCAGCAGGCCUAGCACACCUAUGACCGGAAUCACGUAUCAUUCCAGCCAUGCUUCGAAUGCUGAGGGACCAGAUGCACCCGCGUCAAUAGCACCGCCACCAGGAUUUUAUCAAGAUGGGACUUCGGAGAAUGUUGGUGUGCUUGGAGGUCUGUCCACACCUCGAGCGAAGAAGAGCGGUUUCUUCAAGAAAAUGAUCGAAACUGCAAAGACGGGGGCGGCCACUGCAAGAAGCACAAUCUCUACAAGCCGACCCGGAUCGCCCGUCAAGAUGGCUGGAUUCGCAGGGGGUAUCGCUGCCAACGCUAGUUCAAGUCGACCACAGUCUGUUGCAGCUGCUCAGCGGCCUCAAAGCGCUCAUGCAUCAAUUGCGAGGGACAUGGGCUUAGGCGGAGGCAGCGAUUGGGUUCAAGUCAGACGAGACGUAAAUCGAUCCAACUCAGUGUCAAAAAACGAACGAAUUGAACGAGCUGAGCGAUGUCAGAUGCUUGACAUGGUCGUCAUGCAGCCAACCGAUGAACUAUAUGCCGUCGCCGAGGGUGACGAAGGUCUGGAUGGACUUCCAAUCACUGAGCCGACAGAUUUUGCGGGCUGUAAUUUCCAGCUUGUCGACAAGAGUGCGAGAUUUGUAAACAAUGUUCCAGGGGCAACCACUGUAGCCGGACUGGUGCAAGGUUAUCUCUGCCGACCAUACCGGAGUGAUGUCCAGCGUCUUCGUGCCAUUUUCACAUGGACGAGUGAGCGAAUAUGCUGGGAAGAGGACUUCGAGAUCGGUGAGGGCGACUUCAUUGACACUCGAAGAGUCAUAUCGCAGCACCGAGGCUGCAGUCAGAAAAUUGCGUACCUCGUUGCGGAAAUGUGCAGCGCAGUCGGCAUCCACGCUGAAAUUGUUAGAGGCUACUUGAAGACUCCUGGAGAACCUAUUGACUUUGAAAAUGUGACGCGACCAAACCACUGGUGGAAUGCUGUAAUAAUAGACGGCGAAUGGAGGAUCAUGGAUACGGCUUUGGCCAACCCGACACAUUCACGGAGAAAGUUUUACUCCACAACGAGCUCGAAUAUAUCAGAGACAUGGUACUUCCUCGCACGGCCAAUGGAAAUUUGUUACACACAUGUGCCAUUGCUACCCGAACAGCAGCACAUUGUACCAUCAAUUGCAACAGAAAUUCUAAUGGCACUUCCCACAGCGUGCCCGACAUAUUUUCAGAAUAGGCUUGAGAUGGUUGAUUAUUGCACUUCUCUACUGCACUUGGAUAAUCUCGAGAUGGCUCAAGUGCACAUUUCAGUACCUGAAGAUGUUGAAUGCGUGGCCGAAACAGAAGUGAGAGCAUUUGCAAAGGACGAAGAUGGCGACUUUUUUGAGAGUGGUGAUACAGUUUCCAAGCCUGCAUUAUCGCAAGCGGAGUGGAUCGCUGGCCGCAAAAGAUUUACAAUCAAAGCAUUGUUGCCUGGAGACGAGGGUCAAGGUGUGCUGAAGAUAUAUGCCGGCAAACGGGGUCUGAUGCAUUCGAUCAAGUCAAACCCGCAUUCAUUAGCCUUAGCACUACCACUCACACAUACGGGUUCCAACCCUCCAUACAGCUUUUUCGUACGACACCCGACUCCACACGCCCAAAAACAUGACUUGUACGUCAUACAGCCUCAGUGCAUGCGUCUUGUGGUCAAUAAUACUUUCAUUUUCUCCGUCCGACAACAUCCAUCAAGUCUGAAAUUGAGUUGCCCAACCCUUGGUGGAUCAACAUCUGGUGUUACCUUCUCAAAUCUCUCAGGCCGAAUCUCACCAACUCCUCUUCAACGGCCUCCUUCUGCCAUGAGCAUGGCAUCAGUUUCUCAGUCAGGCUCGAACUACUCGAUUGGAAGCAAUAAUUCCUCCAAUCCUAGUAGCAGCGGAAGUUCAAGCGGUGAUUCAAAGAAACCUGCUAAAUUAGCGAUACAGUCGCCGAGCGGGAAGAUUAUAAGACUCACGCGGAAAAGUGAACAUAUGAUGACCUCUUCAACUAAAGAACCAAGAGAAGGGACUGAAUGGGAGACCGUAAUCAAAGUGGGUGAACGUGGAAUAUGGCGUGGACUCGUUCUGGCCGAUCGAAGCGCUCGCUGGUGCGUCUUUGCUGAAUGGGAAUGCGUCUGAUGUAAGAAGGCAGCUCUACGGAGACAGUAUGUUGAAGGAUGUGAAGUUCCGAGAGGAUUUCCAUGCUUGGUUGUGGCACUGGCGAGGGAUGCCUCUGAGGAGAUGGUGUUUCUCACGCAGAGUUGGGAAAUGGACACAUGAAGUGAUCUUCCGAAGUGGCUUUGCCAAGUCAGAUGGUUGAAAAAAUUACCUACUCGAAUUUGGGACAAAAGCAUUUCUUGCGCGCAUCUGAACACUGGUUGGUAGGGCCAUUGGGCUUGGGGUAUUAUGCAGGUUCAUUGGGUCGGCGUUAAGCAAGACAAAGAUGCCAACGCAGCAUAAUUUAUGAUCACAGUAACACCACCUCCGGUGCCGUUUCGAAACCUUGUCCAAAGAUUCUAUUGUCUUCUUCGGUAUCGAAUCCACAAGUUGAAGUAUUUAUUCUCAAUCAAUAAG